AUGGCUUUGAUUCCUGAAAGAUCGAUCAAUGACAUGACGUCGCCCGAUCUGAACCAGCAGCCACUGUGCAUUGAAUACCCCGAUUUAGAGGUAGAUUUUGAACUGAAAUCUGGAUUAAUUCAUUUACUUCCUACCUUCCGUGGUCUCGCAGGUGAAGAUCCACAUAAGCAUCUGAAGGAAUUCCAUGUGGUGUGUUCCGGAAUGCGACCACAAGGCAUAAGCGAGGAACAAGUCAAAUUGAGAGCAUUCCCCUUCUCUCUCGCCGAUCAAGCGAAAGAAUUGGUUGUACUCCUUCCUUCAGGAUCCAUUACAAGAUGGAACGAUCUCAAAAAGCAGUUUCUUGAGAAAUAUUUCCCUGCCUCAAGAGCCACAACAAUCCGGAAGGAGAUCAGCGGGAUUCGACAAUUCGCGAGAGAAAGUCUUUUCGAAUAUUGGGAAAGAUUAAAUCGACUAGUGGAAAGUUUCCCCCAUCAUCAAAUCCCGAACCACUUGUUGAUCCAGUAUUUCUAUGAAGGUCUAUCAAAUAUGGAUAGGAAACUAAUAGAUGCGGCAAGUGGCGGACCAUUGUUCGACAAAACCCCCACCGAAGCGCGUAAACUAAUCUCAAUUAUGGCGUCCAACACGCAAAAAUUUGGGGUUAGACACGAUGAUCCACUUAGAAAAAGCAAUGAGGUAAGUAAUCUUGAAGAACGUUUAAAUCAACUCACAACUGUUGUUGAAAAAGUUGUUGCAGAUACUUAUCAACAAGUCAAAGCAUGUGGUAUCUGCACCUUAACGGGACACGCCACCGACAUGUGCCCAACUCUUCAAGAAUCAACUACCGAACAUGCCAACGCCGUAGGAGGAUUCGCCGGACAACAACAGAGAAGAUAUGAUCCUUUCUCCAACACAUACAACCCCGGAUGGAGGGACCACCCGAAUCUGAAUUGCGGCAACCAACACUUUCAAACACCCCAAUACCGACCACCUCCACAGCCUAACCCCACGCCAAACACAUCUCUCGAAGACAUGAUGAAAGCACUAGUGACCAACACACAACAAUUCCAACAACAGACCCAGGCGAACUUCCAACAAUUCCAACAACAGACUCAGGUGAGCAUUCAAAAUCUAGAAUCUCAAAUCAGUCAGCUGGCGUCGUCUGUUGGUAAGCUAGAGUCUCAAGGACCUCCAUUUGGGUACAGUGGCUUUACUUUGGCCGACUACGGGACACAUCGGGGAGCAUUAAGGUUCUUGGGGAUGGAGGAAAAUGCUGUGUUUCCACCCUUAUUCCGAUCUUUUUUGGAUUACCAAAUUGGUAACGGGAGGAGUUUCUAUAUUUGGCAAGACCCUUGGCAUCAUCUUGGACCACUUAUUGAGCGGUUCCCAAGGGGUCCGAGCCAUCUUGGACUUGGAGAAUCGGCCAACCUCAGCUUGGUGAUUUCAGGAGGGGAAUGGUAG